AUGUAUAACGGAAUAGGGUUAGAAACCCCAAGAGGUUCAGGUACCAAUGGGUACAUUCAGAGCAACAAGUUUUUCUUGAAGCCUAGAACUUCAAAGGUUGCUGAGAACAUGAAGGGAUUUGAAGCAGAUCAGGGUACUGCUGGGGUUACCAGAAAGGCCAACAAAGAGAUUCUUGAGCAUGACCGCAAGCGUCAGAUUCAGCUCAAGCUUGUUAUCCUUGAAGACAAACUAAUUGAUCAGGGUUAUACUGAGUCUGAGAUUGCCGAGAAACUUGAGGAGGCUCGGAUUAAUUUGGAAGCUGCAGCUGACGAAAAUGAUGGAUCGUCCAAUUUGGAUAAGCUUUCUGAUACACAGACUCACCAAAUUGCGGCUAGAAAGGAAAAACAAAUGGAAACAUUGAAAGCUGCUCUUGGCAUAGCUUCAUCUGAACCCGGUGAAUUGAAUGCAGAUGGGAAUGACGAGGAGAUUGGAAAUGAAAGGGGUGUAUCGGUUCCGGAUGCAAAACAUAUUUCUGAACAUUCCUUUUUGGACAGAGAUUUCAGUCGGAAGAAACAACCGGAAGAAGUUCUAAAAGACGAAAAUACCAAGAAAAAGAGUGUUGAAGACACAAAGCACCACAGGAAGGGUGGGACUCUCAAGAAAAAGCACAGGGAUGAUUCAUCUGAUAGUGAUGCUCAGAGGAAUGUCAAGGCUAAAAAGAAGCAGGAGACAUCAUUGUACGGGGUGGACUCUCACAAAAAGACCAAUCACACCAUCAGAAAAGAGGAAGAAUUGAACCGCCAAAGUAGAAGUGCAAAGCUCAGGAUUAUUCACAAGCUUUGA